UUUGUGAACGUACCAGCCUCGCCCGACAACCACAACAAACGAAAAGCUCAUCGGGUAAUGGAGUUUGCAGAGCUGAUAAAGACACCCCGGGUGGACGGGGUGGUCCUGCACCGGCCCUUCAUGCCCACCGUGGAGGGGACCCUGUGUCUGACUGGUCACCACCUCAUCCUCUCCUCCAGACAGGACAACACGGAGGAGCUGUGGCUGCUCCACUCCAACAUAGACUCCACAGAGAAGAGAUUUGUGGGAUCUCUAGGGAGCAUUAUUGUCAAAUGCAAAGACCUGAGGGUGAUCCAGUUGGACAUCCCCGGUAUGGAGGAGUGUCUCAACGUUUCCAGCUCCAUUGAGGCCCUGUCCACACUUGAUUCCCCACCCCUGAUGUACCCUUUCUUUUACCGGCCCAUGUUUGAGGUCAUAGAAGAUGGCUGGAAAUCUUUCCUUCCACAGAAUGCCUUCAAAGAUUUGGAGUCUAUGACUGAUGAGUGGCGGUUGAGUGAAGUCAACAAGGACUUUACCGUGUGCCCGACAUAUCCCCCUCUAGUGGCGGUGCCCAAAGACAUCGAUGACGACACACUAAGAAAAGUAGCUACCUUUCGUCACAGCGGCCGCUUUCCUGUACUUAGCUAUUACCAUAAAAAGAACGGCAUGGUGAUGAUGCGAGCAGGACAGCCUCUGACUGGAACCAAUGGCCGACGGUGUAAGGAAGACGAAAAGCUGAUCAACGCCACCCUGCGGCCCGGAAAACGUGGCUACAUCAUCGACACGCGCACCAUCAAUAUUGCUCAGCAGGCCAAAGCUCGAGGUGGAGGGUUUGAGUCCGAGGCUAACUACCCCCAGUGGAGGAGGAUCCACAAGACCAUUGAAAGGGCUAAUGUCCUCCAGGAGGGUCUGAUAAAGCUGGUAGAAGCAUGUAACGACCAGUCACACAGCAUGGACCGCUGGUUAAGCAAACUGGAGGCUUCCAGCUGGCAGACUCAUGUCAAGGAGAUCCUCACCACUGCUUGUCUGGCUGCUCAGUGUAUUGACAGGGAGGGAGCAUCAGUGCUCGUUCAUGGUACCGAAGGGACAGACUCGACUCUGCAGGUGACUUCCUUGGCUCAGAUCAUCCUCGAUCCAGCCUGCAGGACCAUCAGAGGCUUCCAGGCCCUGGUGGAGCGAGAGUGGCUCCAGGCGGGUCACCCGUUCCAGCAGCGCUGUGCCCAGUCGGCCUACUCCAACAACAAGUCCCGCCAAGAGGCGCCUGUCUUCCUGCUCUUCUUGGACUGUGUGUGGCAGAUCCUUCGCCAGUUUCCCUGCUCCUUUGAAUUCAGCGAGAGUUUCCUGGUGCUGCUCUUCGAACACGCCUAUGCUUCUCAGUUUGGUUCUUUCCUGGGAAACAGUGCAGCCGAAAGAGCCAAACUAUCUCUGCCUGAGAAGACCGUGUCCCUUUGGUCAUGGGUGAAUCGGCCCCAGGAGCUGGAGCGUCUCACGUACCCGCUCUAUGAAGCCAACAGUCUGGUGAUCUGGCCCUCUGUGGCCCCUCAGAGCCUUCUGCUUUGGGAAGGUGUGUUCCUUCGCUGGAACCGCUCCCCCAAGUGUUUGGACGAAGCCUAUGAAGAAAUGGUUCAUAUAAUUGAAUACAACAAGGAGCUGCAGAACAAAGUAAACACCCUCCGCAGGCAGCUGGCCCAGCUGGAAACUGAAGAUCCUCUGCUUCAAACACCAUAGCGGGUGUGGCAGAGACUGACGGAGGUAGACAAUGUAAAAAAAUGUAUACAGAUAUAAAAGCAGAUGUGAUUCAGUCUGGUUUUAGGCUUCUUGUGCUGAUUGUUUUUACUUUCUUUCCCUGAUCACAUGAAAAAGGGAAGUGACAUAGACCCUAUGACUCCACUAGGUGAACUCCUGUAAGCUGUUAUUCUGGGAAAUGACUGGAACAUUGGGUCAGGAAAAGUUUUCUUUUCAAAUUGACAUUUUCUAGACGUGCAACUUUGUUUCUUAUUUAGUCCCGUGUCCGUUGCAUGCUAGAAAAUAAAUUAAAACAUCCACUCAAACUCUCCAGACAUCUCCCUGCUGUAUUUUGCUUGCAGGGUGGUAGGAAAGGUUGUUAGGAGAGAAUAUGAGGAGCAUCUGACUCGGACAUUUGCCUUCUUCGGAGAUUCAGUGCAUGUCUUAAAGCAGCUUCACUGACUUUCAUUCACACACGCAGAUAUCUCGAGUGAGUUAGGCCUUUUAACCCCAAAACCUAGAAGUCAGGCUGCUGACUGUUCAUGGGCAUUCAUCUUGUAGAGGGGAAAGAGAUACAGGGGCAUUGGAAGGACAGUAUGAGAGGUUCACUUACGUUGGGCUACACGUUUUUCUUCUAACCAUCCUGUUGAAUGUACAUGCAGCUGAAGCACUGCAGCGUAACUAUGGCAACAUAUAGGUAGCUGUAAAGCAGAAUGUGGCUGCUACACGUUCAGAUGAUAUAAUAAGCGUAGGAAGGGUCAACACCCACUGUGCUUUACAAUGAGGCGCUUGUUUAAUACGAUGCUUAGCAAAAUAUCCUGAUUGUUGUACGUUUGUCAGAUCAUCACUUUUUACAUUCCAGUAGCAUGAACACUGAGUUUACACAAACUAAUAACAUGGAAAGAUUCAUUUGAUAAAACCUCACACCUUUGAAAUGCCAUUGUUUUCAAUCUCAUCACGGAUAAUAGUAAACUACUGUAAUAUGUUUGAGAGGAAAAUAAUGGCAUGGAGGGUUCUGUUGUCAUGGUUACGGCAACACGCCCCCUGAUUAUCAGCGAGACCUGAGGAUGGUGAUCACAUGGAGAUGUGUCUGCGUCAUGUGAGAUGCUGUUUUAAAGAACACUUUAUAUAUUGGUUGCUAAUAUUAUACAAACAUUGUUGUGUUGGAAUACAUCAUUCAUCAAAUUGCAUAUCCCUGCUGUUUUGUGGUGUAACGUUCAAAGCUAAUGCACUUUGUCUGAAAAGCAUUUCAAUUAUUCAAUGUGUGAAGCCAAUAUACUAAACUUCCAUAUGGGAAACAUGAUUAUCCUCUAAUUAUAAUUUUUGCAAUUAGCAUUAUUUUCUGUUUAAAGCGCUCAUCAGCAGAUGCUAUCCAAGACAGUAGAUGUCUUAAUAUUAAGUGUAAAAAGAUGCUAAUAUAUUCAGCUAAUGUAUACACAAACUCGUUAACUUGAAUUCUGUGUCAUUGGAAAGUUCACAUCUGUGUCAACUCCUGCAUCCUAAGUUACACUUUUCCCACCGAGCCCGAACUCAUCAUUACGAAAGCCACGGGUCUGGAAACCAGUAUAUGGCUGAAACCCAGUUGUUUGUUCUCAAGCUUAAAUUGCACUGUCAUUAGAGAAGCAGCUAAACAUGUUUAAAACGACCUGACCUAAAUUCUGCUGGCAUGGCGACAUCAAAGAUCAUCCUCCCCAGUGCCGCCCGAGGAUAAAAGCUUUUUGUGGCCUUAAACUAUAAAUACAACUUAACUGUCAACUCAAGGAUGAAAGAGACGAUGUUUGGGUAAAAUUUGAUCCAGUUUUCAUCGUUGCCCUUUUGCCAGUAUUUUCAUCAUCUUCCCUGCCAUCUUCAUCUAUUCCAUGUUUGCUACCAGAAUAAUGUAAUAUUCACACUACGCCCCUCUGCUUUGUAAAGGGAAUGUUUACAUGUAUAUUUCGUGUCUGCACUCUAUAACAUUCCAUUCAACCAAAAACACGUGCUGGAUGCUUCUUGUGCAAAUGAACGGCACAGUGAUUUAUUAUUAUAAACUCACGUCUUGUGUUACUCUUCAAUACGAUUGUUGCUUCGUCAAAAAGUCAACAAAACUCAAACAGGCUGCUGUUGUUGUUAUUGUUGUACUUUUCGACUUUUGUGCAAUGUCUAACUGUGAAAUCAGACUACAAAAUAUGCAUUUGUUUUUUUUCUCUGUAAAAUUACAUUAUUGUUCAAAUUCUGAUUUUAUAUUAUUAUUUAAGUUUCAAGCCAUUAAAAAAUCUAGCUGAAAAGACA